CCUCUCGCACCACGUGGUCUCAGCUCAACAUCAACAUUGGCUGCGUAGAGAUGAGUUGAAGGCUCCAUAAAGUCCAAGAAGAAGCAGAAGAAGAGAAAGAGGAGUUCAGUUCUUUACAUUCCAUGCAGGGAGCUGAAGCUGAUCAUUGUGUGUUUGUGUGUGUGAGGAGGAUAUCUAUACAACCUGAGUUGAAGCAGGAGGUUUGUGUGUGUUUGUGUGUGUGUGUGUGAGUGUGUGAGAGAGCUGCUAGCUGGUUAGCUGACAGUGUGUUCACCCACUAAAAUGAACGACCACCUGAACGGCUUCCACGGCGACUCGUACAUUGAUGAAGACUGCUUCCUCUUCACCUCCGAGUCGGUGGGAGAAGGACACCCGGAUAAGAUUUGUGACCAGAUCAGUGAUGCUGUGUUGGAUGCACACCUCUCACAAGACCCCGAUGCCAAAGUAGCAUGUGAGACUGUUGCUAAGACGGGGAUGAUACUGCUUGCCGGGGAGAUCACCUCCAGAGCCACCGUCGAUUAUCAGAAGAUUGUCAGAGAGACAAUCAAGAACAUUGGCUACGAUGACUCCUCCAAAGGCUUCGACUAUAAGACCUGCAAUGUGCUGGUGGCUCUGGAGCAGCAGUCCCCGGACAUCGCUCAGGGUGUUCACCUGGACCGAAAUGAAGAGGACGUAGGAGCCGGUGACCAGGGUCUGAUGUUUGGUUAUGCUACUGAUGAAACUGAGGAGUGCAUGCCCCUCACCAUCGUCCUGGCCCACAAGCUCAAUGCCAAGAUGGCUGAAUUGCGCAGAAAUGGAACGCUGCCGUGGCUCCGACCUGAUUCCAAAACUCAGGUGACCGUUCAGUACAGACAGGACCGAGGUGCCAUGGUGCCGUUGCGUGUCCACACCGUCGUGGUGUCUGUGCAGCACGACGAGUUCAUAGGUUUGGACCAGAUGCGCCAUUGUCUGAAGGAGCAGGUGGUGAGAGACGUGAUUCCCAGUGGGUACCUCGAUGAUAACACCAUUUACCACCUGCAGCCCAGCGGCCGCUUUGUCAUUGGGGGACCUCAGGGUGAUGCUGGUCUUACUGGUCGCAAGAUCAUUGUCGAUACCUACGGGGGCUGGGGAGCUCACGGAGGCGGAGCCUUCUCUGGGAAAGACUACACAAAGGUAGACCGCUCCGCCGCCUAUGCAGCCCGCUGGGUGGCCAAAUCUCUGGUAAAAGCUAGGCUCUGCAGGCGUGUGCUGGUCCAGGUCUCCUAUGCUAUCGGGAUUGCCCAUCCCCUCUCUGUCUCCAUCUUCCAUUAUGGGACGUCCCAGAAGAGUGAGAGGGACCUGCUGGACAUCGUGAAUAAAAACUUUGACCUCCGUCCAGGGGUUAUCGUGAGGGAGCUUGACCUGAAGAAGCCAAUCUACCAGGGCACUGCAGCCUAUGGCCACUUUGGUCGGGACGUCUUUUCCUGGGAGGUGCCCAAGAAGCUGAAAUACUGAACCCCUCCUCUGAUAUCCCAGCAGGCCUUAGGUGUAUUACAGAUAAACCUGUGUUCGUCUUCUUCCCACCUUCCUCCUCCUCCUCCUCUCACCCCUUCCUCCUUGCACGCACAGCCACAUCAUCACAACCUCUACAACACAAAAACAUGCCCUUUUCCCACCUGUUAGACAUUUACACAUCCUUGAAGAGACAACAGAAGUAUUUCGGUUGUCAAAAUAUUCAACUGAGCAGUGUUGGAGAAAUGGUACAUUUAGAUUUGAGCAGUGCUGCCAACUUUUAUUAAUCUUUUGGCGUACUCGUACUUUUUGCAGGGUGAAGUUAUUUAGUGUCCUUACAUUGACAAUUUAUAUAAAAACCAUAUUUAUUGUUGAUUAUUGUUAACAGGACCAUGUGCAGACAUGCCAGUAAUGGAAACAUUUCCAGUAUCACUCAGUUUAAAAAUUGAGUCUCAUUGCAGUUUAGCUGCAGAAUCAAUCAGAGCUUGUCGUCCUCUGCUGCUUUCUCUUUAAAUGUCAUUUCCAGUGUCCCCUAACUGCGUUGUGUUAGGAGCCAUUUAGUGUCGCAUCAGCUCUGUUUCCCGUACAGCACACAUCCUGUCUGGUUUUGAAAAUUGAAAGGCACAAUUGGGGCGGAGUGAUCUAAAACCUGCUUGUUUGUCUUCUCUGUGCAGUCCCUUCAGGCCAUGUUUUUUCUGACGUUUUACAGAGAAGUCAGAAGCUGCUAAUGACCUUGUGGUCUUGUUGGGCUGCACAGUGAAAUCACUCUAUAUUUGUAAAUUUUCUUGGUUUAAAUGUCAUGCGAGUGUUGCAGAUGAUAAAUGUGUAAAUGUUCUACCGACCAAAAACAAAACAAAACAAAAGGCAUGGCACAGUCCUCACCCUUCCUUAAGACUGACUCUGGGUGUAGCUACAGAGAAACCCAGGCUCAGUUGCCUUUGGACGGGGGCUGCCUUUAUCCCAUGGCAACAUUGUACUUGAAAUAAUUUAUAUAAUGUUUGAUGAGCAAACGAUUUACCGUCUGCACAUGAUAUUCAAAACAGAACUGAUAUGGAAGCAAAUGAGCAGACAAAGAGAUGAGGGGCUGCGCACAAUCAGCUUAGUGAAUGUAAGACAUGACUGAUCUGGUCUUUCGAGCAGAGUUAAUUCAAACCUGGGAUCAGAUUUGUAACUGUUUGCUCGUGGAGUUUGAAUCUUCCACUGGAAUUGCACAUUAGCUCAAGUACACCCAAAAUGGAAAAUACUUCUGUUUUCAAUGUUACGUGUGCAGUAGUGUUGAGCCUAGAACUUACGUUUAUUUUAUAAAUUUAUUUAUUUGUUUUUAGACAUAUAUUAACUCUGAGGGUCAUGAAUGGCAGUAGUCCAAAAUUCCAACCUUUUCCUACCUGUUACUUUAAAGCCAGGAUGUGGUGCAAACAGUACAUGCCUUUGCUUCCCCAGAUGUUCUUUGACUUACUCCUCGAUGUGUGGCAACAAAAACAGUUAAAGGUCACUGGAAAAUUACACUGAUGUAAAAUAACUGUUAUUUGAUUAAAGUAAAUAGAAAAAUGUGCUCAGAUAGUUCAGGUUGCUUGGUAACGCAGUAGUUGAUGCUCUCAUGCGCAGUGACUGACGACCAUUAGUCAUCUGUCGCACGCACCCGUCGUGAAAAGCGCUCUGUGCCACCUGUGCACCGUGAUGUCGUCCAUAAGUUGCUCUACUUCCAGCCCAAGGGACCACUGUUUUUUUUUUUAGCAUUUACUGUUUGGCUCGACCCAGCAUGCACCUUCCAGGUCUUUGAUUCGCUCUUCUGGACGCAGUCACCAGGUGUUGCAUCGAAUCAGCAGCAGCCAGUUUAAUAUGGCUCUUUUCAUUUGUUGCAUUCUCAAAAUUUGAAUAAUUCCAUCAUCUUACUUGUUUCUAUUGAGGCAAAAAAUGGAAAUGGGCCUAAGAGCUAAAAUACUGACCAUUAAAAUUGCUCUGAAAAGUACAUGUUCACUAAAACUACUUUGUUACAGUAAUGUGAGUAAUUGUUACGCUAUCCUCUCACCAGUGGUCAACACAGCAUAGUAACAGGCUCAAGGCUAAAACAGCUGUAAACCUAAGUGAAGUUACUAUUCACUGGUCUGAGUCUUUGUCUAAAAGGUCUUUAUCUUUAUUAGAGAAAGAUUGCACUGUGUCUUCUUUAAUAAAACUGAAUUUAAGGAUUGUUUUCUACUCACUCAACACUGAUAUCCCAUUUAUGUUGGCAUCACCUUGUGGCUCAUCGAGAGUACUCCAAAGAAAGCUCCCGUAUGAACCACAGGGUGGCGCUGUAGGAGCUUUUCAGAUUCAUGUGUGUGUGAGAUCCUCAACAUCCUCCUCAACUUAAUGCCUGGUUGGUGUUGUACAGAGAAACCAGCCUGUUUACAAGUUGAUGGUGGGUUAGAGGAAAACCUUUUUUUUUCACUGUUAAUAAUUGUUUUAAUUAUUGAAAGUGAUCCGUUACUGUGGUUGCUGAAUGUGUAAAAGUGCCUUUUCUGCAAUGUCCCCAAAUAUCUGACUUCUUACCUAUUUACCCCCCACCCCCCAGUUUCUCCCCUGAGGCAGCGACUUUCCUCUCUAAAUACGGCAGAGUCGGAUUUGGUGUUUCUCUUUUAAAUCCCUCAAAUAAAGUGCACACUUGCUUGUA